CACAAUCAAUGACUCCGGUCUCUCCCUUCCUAGCCCUUAUCACGUCUCCGCUCUCGAGUCAGAACGCCGUCCCUCCCCCCUUUCCUCUAGCCGGCCGCCACUGUCAUCGGCCUCUAUUUCUCUGAUCGCCGCCGUCGUAUCCAUCGCCGGCCACUGCUUCCACGACCACAAGCACCUCCGUGGCUCCGCCUCCUCACCCUAAUCCUCAGAUUUCAAGAGUAAUGGUGCCUCCCGUAGUCUCCUGUGACCCAGACUCAGGUCUGGUUACUUCCCUUGACCUUUGGUGGCUUCGCAAAAUCUCUGCCAUGAAGGUGAGGUCAUCAGUGAAGAAACUCUGUGAAUUUUGUAGAACAGUUAAGCGUCGUGGGAGAGUCUAUGUAUUAUGCACUGCCAAUCCCAAGCAUAAGCAGCGUCAAGGCAUAUCAACAUUUGCUUAUGAGGGUCCACUGCCUCCUGUGUCAUCGGAGGUUACCCCUAAGCAGGAGAAAUCAGCUAGCAACAGUUGGCCCAUAGGGCUCGCCUCCCUUCUGAAGAAACAAGACAAUUAAGUUGAAUAUGCUGACCGAGUGCAAGGAUUAGAUCACUUUUGGAUCACUAGGAACACCUGCAGUAUCAUCACCACCUUGGAUGCUCUUUGCGACAUCUUGGUUCGCUAACUCUGUUAUUAUUUUUAAUCUGAAUUUGUAACUAUUGGGUGCAAUCCUUCCUGUAAGGAAUAAUAUGGUAUUUGCAAUUCACAGAGCUUAAUUACCAUCCCAAGCACUACGUGCUGCUUUCGGAUA